GACUCGUGCACGUCGGCCCAGCGGCCCUGGAUCAAGCACACGCCCAAGCACACGUCCAUCUGCGACUCGUACGCCGAUGUGGCCGACCACACAUUUGACUAUGUCAUCGUCGGCGGUGGCACCGCGGGGCUGGCCCUCGCAGGUCGCCUGUCCGAGGACGAAGGGGUGAGCGUGGCCGUCAUCGAGGCCGGCGACGCGGGCUACGGCGUCGAGAAGCUGGCGGUGCCGCAGGACGCCUACUACGACAGCGCCGUCGGCUCGUCGCUCGACUGGUCCUUCAGCACCGCAUCGCAGGCCGGCCUCGACGGGCGCACCGUCGCCUGGCCCCGCGGCAAGGUCCUGGGCGGCAGUUCAGCCAUCAACGGUCUCUACUACGUCUCGCAAAACUACAUGGGCCAGCCCGUCGCGGCGCUCCAAAAGGCCACGGCAUUUGCCAGCGAGACGCUGGCCAGGGGCGGGCCCGUGUGUCUGUCCUACCCAGCCCACACGUACCGUGCGGUGCGCGACUGGGUCGCCAACGACACGGGCGUGGCUCCCCGCGCAGAGGCACCCUACGACGGCGACAAUCUCGGCGCAUUUGUCGCCGCCAGCACCAUCGACGCCCAGUCGUGGACGCGAGCGACGAGCCGGACCGCGUACCUGGACCCCAUCUCGGCCGAGCGCAGUGGCCGGCUCAGGGUGCUGCCCAACCAGCACGUCACCCGGGUCCUCUUCAGCAGCAGCGGCAAGGACAGCAAGGACAAGCAGCAGCAGCCGCAGCAGCCGCCUCGUGCCACCGGCGUCGAGUUUGCCGCCUCCAAGGAUGCGCCCAGGGUCACGGUCACGGCCCAGCGUGAGGUCAUCCUCGCGGCCGGCGCCGUCUCCUCGCCCCAGAUCCUCCAGCUGAGCGGCAUCGGCGCCGCGGACCAGCUCGCCAAGCACAACAUCUCGACCGUCAAGGACCUGCCCGGCGUCGGCCAGCACCUCCAGGACCACGUCAGCACAAAGGUGUCGUACAAGGCCAAACCCGACGCCCACCUCCCGCACCGGUCAGAGAACCUGCACACGGCGAGCUACGUCGACGGUGCCGUCGCCUACCUCUCGCUGCCCGAGCUGCUGGCGUACGACGAAUCCAAGAUCCAGUCCUUCAUCGACGACGCCCGCAACACGUCGCAGAAGCACGUCGUCGGUGGCAACAACGCCGUCCAGACGGGCUACGAGCGCACCUCGUCGGUGCUCCUCGACAAGCUCACGUGGGGCAAGCGGCCCAAGGGCGCAGUCGAGCUGCUGCUCGGCACCAUGCAGCCAAACCACGUCAUCGAGGUGCAGGUCGCACUGCAGUCGCCCCUCUCGCGCGGCAACGUCUUCCUCGCCUCUUCAGACCCAUUCGACAAGCCGCACAUCGACGCGGGCUACCUCAGCCACGCGUCGGACCUCAAGCUGCUCGUCCUCGGCCUCCAGCGCGCCCUCGAGGCCGGCAGCGACUCGGCGCUCGCGCAGCGAAUCGAGAGUCUCAUCGAGGGCGACAACGUCGACCCCCGCAGCGACGCCGAGGCCUACAUCCGCAAGACGGCCGGCACAGAGUACCACCCGUCGUCGUCGUGCGCCAUGAUGGACGAGUCGCUGGGCGGCGUCGUCGAUGGCCGCUUCCGCGUGCACGGCAUCGAUGGCCUGCGCGUCGUCGAUGCGAGCGUGGUGCCGUAUGCGCUGUCGAGCCACCUGGCCGCCGAGGUGUAUGCGCUCGCAGAGGUCGCUGCCGAUCUCAUCAAGCACGACCACCGCUCGGCCGAGACUGGCGAGGGCGACGAGGGCGGCGACGACGAGGACUGCGAUGACGGUGAGGAUGAAGGAGAAGAUGAAGGAGAAGACGAGGAG